UCUCAACCCCAGCCAUCUGCAAACAAUCUACCAAGAAUAUCAUAUAUAUCAUAUAUACCACCAUUAUAUUCAUCACCUUCAUUAUAGUUUCAUCAACAUGAUUCCAUCAGUAGAGAACACAGGAAUCAACUAUUUUUCCGCAGAGAGUCUCUUCACUCUUCCCCCUCUUGAUUUCACCUUCAACUCCUCAUCACCGGCCAUAGACUUCACCAGAUUCUUGAACAUCAAUAAUAAUCAUCACCAAAACGCUCUUCCAAUAAUAACCCCUCCAGAUUUCUCUCUAUCCGCAAGCAUCAGCAACAACUCAACCUCCGAUGAAUCCGAGGAACAGCAGCAUCGGAUCAUCGACGAGAGAAAGCAACGUCGGAUGGUGUCGAACCGGGAAUCCGCCCGGAGAUCCAGGAUGCGGAAGAAGCGGCACCUGGAUGAGCUUUGGUCCCAGGUUCUUGCUUUCAGAACGGAGAAUUGUAAUCUGCUCGACAGGCUGAACCAGAUGUCGGAGCAUCACGAUAAGGUCCUGCUGGAGAAUGCGCGCCUCAAGGAAGAAGCGUCCGGCCUCCGGCGACUGGUCGUUGAGCUCCGAGACGGCGGCGCCGAUGACCCUUUCAGUGAUUUGAGAGAUCUGGAAGAUAUCAAAUGCUCAUUUACAUAAGUUUUCAAGUUAUUGCUUUCUCUCAUCUCAUCUAUAUAUCAGUCUUUUCCAAGUUUUUAUGUUCUCAUUAUUCUCUAAUUUUACCCUGUCUGGUUUUCCAAUCAAAUCAACUCCUUCCAUC